GGAGCAGCAUAUGUGGAAUUUGAUGUACAUCUUUCAAAAGAUCACGUGCCUAUAGUAUACCACGAUCUCACGUGUUGCAUGGCCAUGAAAAAGAAACUGGAUACAGAGCCUUUGGAACUGUUUGAGAUUGCAGUCAAAGAACUCACGUUUGAUCAGCUUCAAUUACUGAAGCUGGCUCACGUGACUGCCCUGAAAGUAAAAGAUCACAAUGCAUCUUUUAAAGAAGAGGAAAACAACUCUGCUUUUGAGACACAGCCAUUUCCUUCCCUUCAGAGAGUCCUGGAGUCUGUUUCUGAAGAUGUUGGGUUUAACAUAGAAAUAAAAUGGAUCUGCCAACAAAGAGAUGGACAGUGGGAUGGCAACUUGUCGUCUUACUUUGAUAUGAACCUCUUUCUAGAUAUUAUCCUAAAAACUGUUUUGAUGAAUGCUGGAAGAAGAAGAAUUGUAUUUUCUUCUUUUAAUGCAGAUAUUUGUACCAUGGUUCGGCAUAAGCAAAACAAGUAUCCGGUGUUAUUUCUCACCCAAGGAGAAUCUAAACUGUAUCCAGAACUUAUGGAUCUUCGAUCUCGUACAACUCCAAUUGCCAUUACUUUUGCACAGUUUGAAAACUUGCUGGGAAUUAAUGUCCACUCUGAAGACCUACUGAGGAAUCCAUCAUUUAUUAAAAGGGCCAAAUCUAAAGGCCUAGUUAUUUUUUCAUGGGGUGAUGAUGCAAAUGACCCAGAUAACAGGAAAAAGUUGAGAGAAUAUGGUGUUCAUGGGUUAAUAUAUGACAGGAUAUAUGACUCAAAUCCUGAACAACCAAAUAUAUUCCAGGUGGAGCAGCUGGAACGUCUCAAGAAGGAGCUACCAGAGUUGAAAAGCUGCGUGUGUCCCACAGUUAGCCACUUCAAAUCCAUAUCUCCAUGUAAAUGUCGUCACAGUUGCCUGGAAGAGAAGGCUGUAGAUAACCUGAAGAGUGUUCAGAUGCAAAAGGACUGA